ACAAGGUUUAGAGUUUAGACAUCUUUGGAGGAAUAUUAUUAUCAGAACCACUAAUAAUAAUAUUAAGUCUUGAUUCUUUCUUUCCAUUUAGUAUUGCCUUGAUCUCUUUAAUUUAGAAUCUCUGUUUUUUUUUUGUUUUUUUUUCUGCACCUAUGAAGAAGCAGCUUUACGCAUUAGAUGAUCAAGCAGUACUUCCUAUCAACAAUAAGAAUCAGUAUUAUGAUCAUCAGAAAAGCAAUCCUAAAUUUGCUGUUCUCCGUGGAGCUGUGACUGUCUUAACUAUACUAACACUAAUCCCACUUCUCUAUUAUCCUUUACUUUCCUAUCAUUCUAAUCUUCUAUUAUCAAAUCCUUCUUCUUCUUCCUCCUCAUCAUCAUCUUUCUCUAAUUUGAUUAAUUCUUCAUCUUCGCCUGAUUUGUUGUUAACUACUUCAACUUCUUCUCCAUCUUCUUCAAUUCAAGAUGAUGCGGUCCAAAAUUCAGUCAGCAAUGUGGGAUCAAAUGAUAAGUGCGACCUUUUUGCAGGGAAAUGGGUUUGGGAACCAGAGAGUGCACCAUAUUAUACAAAUACGACAUGUACAGCAAUACACGAACAUCAAAAUUGCAUGAAAUAUGGGAAACCGGAUUUAGAUUUCACUAAGUGGAGAUGGAGGCCAGAUGAAUGUGUACUUCCACUUUUCGAUCCUGAAAAGUUUUUGGAGAUUGUCAGAGGUAAAUCUCUGGGUUUUGUUGGAGAUUCUAUUGCCAGAAAUCAAAUGCAGUCCUUGAUAUGUCUUAUCUCCAAGGUUGAUUAUCCAGUGGAAGUUUCCGACGCAUCAAAACUUCAAACAAAAACCUGGUUCUAUUCAAAUUACAACUUCACUCUAUCAAUCUUUUGGUCACCGUAUCUGGUGAAAACCAAAGAAGCCACUCCCAACAGUGGUAGAUUUAAUCUCUACCUAGACGAAGUUGAUCCCGAGUGGAUUACACAUGCUCAUAAUUAUGAUUACCUGAUCAUCUCAGCUGGACAAUGGUUUUUCCGUCCCUCAAUGUUUUACGAAAACAAUACUGAUCUUGUCGGAUGUCUGUACUGCAAGGAUGAUAUUAACUGCACCCAUUUCGGCGUAACGUAUGGCUAUGGAAGAGCAUUCGAGACGACGUUCAAAGCUAUUAACAACUUAGCAGAUUUUAAAGGUAUAACAUUUUUAAGAACGAUUUCUCCUUCGCAUUUUGAGAAUGGGUUAUGGGAUGAAGGAGGGAACUGUAUUAGGACAAGACCGUUUAUGCAUAAUGAAACGAGUUUAAAUGGUGAAAAUUUAGACAUGUACACGACACAAAUUGAGGAACUUAAGGUUGCAGAAAGAGAUGCAGUGGAGAAAAACGCUGAUGGUCUGAAGAGAUUUAGAUUGCUUGAUACAAGUAAAGCGAUGUGGCUAAGACCAGAUGGACAUCCCAACAAUCAUUGGCACGGUCCAGAAGACACUAGUGCAUAUAAUGAUUGUGUGCAUUGGUGCUUGCCUGGACCCAUCGACGCAUGGAAUGAUUUUCUGCUUGAGAUUUUGAAGAGAGAAAGUUGAGAAAUCAUUAACUUGUUCAAACAGAGUUCGAUUUCAUUGUAGUGCUUCCAGGCUUAUUGAAUUAAAUUAUUUGGCCUCUCAUUACACAACUUGGAGCAGUGAGCUGAUUGGGUUUUUUGAUUGUUGUUGUAGUAAUGAGGUUCAAACUCUCGGACUUGUGAAGAUUAAAUUUAAAGAUUUAAUAAAAUUAUAUACAAAAAUAUUAACAAAG